UGCAGUACACAAUCCGCGUCCCUUCCCAGCACCCGCCCAAUACAGCAUCCAAACGGCUAUAAAAUAACUACUCCCCACUCCAACUGACGCAGCUCCAUCAAAAGCAGCCUCUUGCUGUUUCAAGAACGUCAGAAUAAGAGGCGAUUUUCAUCUACAUCCCGUCCGUUCAUCUCUUCUCUCUCCGAAUCCCCAGGCAUGGGUUUCCUUUUCGAUAUCUCUUCUCUCUCCGAAUCCCCAGGCAUGAGUUUCCUUUUCGGCAGAAGAAAGAACCCCACAGUACUUAUUCGGGAGAAAAAGAGAAUGAUAGAUAAAUCUAUGAGAGAGAUUGAGAGGGAGAUGCAAAGGCUACAGACGCAAGAGAAGAAGCAAAUUGUCAACAUAAAGAAAAUGGCAAAGCAAGGGGAGAUGGGGGAAGUGAAAGUAAUGGCAAAAGAACUUAUUCGAAUACGGCAUCAGAUCACCAAAUUCAAGGUGUUGAAAUCACAACUCCAAGGUGUAUCCCUCAGAAUUCAGACAAUGAAAUCGACCCAAGCUAGGGGUGAAGCUAUGAAAUGCAUUACAAAGGCAAUGGGUCAGAGGAAUAGGCAGAUGAACUUACUGGCAUUGCAGAAGAUAAUGCAAGAGUUUGAGAGGCGAAAUGAGAAGAUGGAAAUGGUAUCAGAGGUUAUGGGAGAUGCCACUGAUGAUGCUUUGGAAGGAGAUGAGGAAGAGGCAAAGACAGAGGAACUUGCGAACCAGGUUCUUGAUGAGAUUGGAAUCGACAUGUUUGCACAGCUUGUCAAGGCACCAAUAUCUGCACCAUCUGCAAUCACGAAGGGUCCUCAUGUUGAAGCAACAGGGAAUGAAGAUGGCAGAAGAUGUCAGGAUAUACAGGCCAGUUGGACAAUCUAAGGAAAAUGAAAGAUGGGGCUGUAUGAUUAGUUAUUAUACAUCUUGAUGUAGGUGAUCAGUUCUAAUUUCAAAAUUACAAUAAUUUUCUCUUGGCUGGAAAGAUGGGGCUGCAUGAUAAGUUAUUAUACAUCUUGAUGUAAGUGAUCAGCUCUCAUUUCAAAAUUACAAUAAUUCUCUCUGCUACUGUGAGAUCAUGAACAAACUCAAAACAACAAAAUGAAGACUGAAGACUUAAUAGAGCAGAAACAAACUCAGAAACAUUCAAGCCAUGCCGGCGACAUAGAGUAAGCCCUGUCGGGAAUCCUCUUCUGCUAAGUCCCGCUGACGAUAAGGCAGACCAACUAAAUUGGCCCGGCAAAGUGGGCAAUUGGAGUGAGAGUAGAGCCACAUGUCUAUACAAUCAACAUGGAAGUAGUGCUUGCACUCGGGAAGCUGCCGGAUUUCUUCACCCUCCAUGAAGACUGACAAGCACACUGAGCACUCAUUGUCCGAAGCUUGCAUUUCAGUCUCCUCCUUCCGGUACUGGGACAUGGGAAUCAAUUCCCUGAUGGUACUAUCGACCCCAUGGCCUGCCUGUCCAUGGGACCAAUCAAACCUCCAACGGUCACGUUGGUUUUGGCAGUACCACCCUAUUAUAAUGAUACUGUAGGCCAUGAGCACGAUGGUCAUCGAUGCGAUCACGAUGAGGCCGUUGUAGAAACGUGGGAAGUGGGCCUUCCAGUAUGGCGUCGACGACGUUGGCGGCGGUGCCGCCACAGGGCUGAGAGGAUCUGCCAUUAAGUCUGGUUAGUCUGGAAUUCAUAAGGAUUGCCAAGAUUUCUAUAUUAAGUGAUAAACAGUAGAAUAAUCAUCAUCAUAAUGAGGAAAUAUAUGAUCCAUGGUGGGCCACAUCUUUGCAUGUUGUAUGCCAUAUGCAUGUUUUCAACUCUGCCCAAGUGGGGCCCAUGGUCGGUGAUCCUCACCAUCGGUCCAUUGCGUCUAGCUGUGGAUGUAACAUGGUACAAAAAUCUCACUAAUUGGAGUUUUUUCUGUUGAAUGUGGACAGUCAUGUCUCUUAUUGAUUGUCUAUCUAUAGGCCACAAAAGCAAGAGUUUAAGAUUGUCCUUUGAAGAGAAUUUUGAGCAAUGGUCCAUAGAAGGCGGGACACGACAGACCAAUGGUCUGGAUUGCAAGACCAUGGGCCUUAUUUGUGAAAAUUGAAAACCUAUUGUACCGUGCAAAGAAGACUGUCAUGUACCAUACAGGUCCUCCUUAAUUAAUAAGGUUGCAGAUGAUGAAGGCUUGGACGGUG